AUGUCUAAUUCAGAUGGUUGGGGCAAGCAUGCAGGCGCAUACCGCUCAAACACUAAGUCAGGACCUCCAAGGGAUUCUGUGAGAGCCAUACUUGCAAAAAUAGACUCUCUUUUACCUUUUGAAGAGGCCACUUCGAUUUUAGACAAUGGGUGCGGUACCGGAAUCGGCAUCGAAGUACUCAUUGAAGAAUAUUCAGAUCGUUUUUUGAAUUUGCCUAGAAUAGUCGCUGCCGAUUUGAGUCCUGGUAUGGUAGAGGCGGUAAAGCAAACAAAAACAUCGAACGAGAGUAGUAAACUGUGGAAAAAAGUUGAAUUUGGAGUUUGGAGUGUGGACGAUAUGUCUGCAGUCAGCGACAACUCAUUCAGUCACAUUAUAGCCUCCCUUGUAAUGUUCUUCUCAUCCAAACCCGAAGCAGCUUUCAAAGAGGCGUAUCGCGUACUGGCGCCUAAUGGGGUUAUUGGGAUGACUUCUUUUAAGGAAAAUGAAUGGAUGAAACUGCUGAAUGUUGCCAAGAAAGUGCGCACUGAUGCAAAGGAAGCGCCAGGGCUACCCGCUACAUGGGCUUCAGAAGGAUGGAUUAGAACAAGUUUUGAAAAAGCAAGAUUCAGGGACAUAGAAGUCAAGGAACUGAACGUGCAUGUUGAACUUAACGAAACCCGUCCAUUUGCAGAAUUCUGUGUCCGGUCUGACAAUCCAGUUAUGUCGUCAGUAUUCGAAAAUUUCACGGAACAAGAGAAGGAUCUUGCUGUUCACUUGAUUAUAGAUCAUCUUGAUGAAAAGUAUCCCCAGAGACCGGCCAAAAUGCCGGGUGUACUACUAGUGUCCAGUGCUAGAAAGUGA